AUGAUCGUGAUGGCGAUGACGACUCGAGGAAGCAGAGUAACCGACUUUUGCCACCGCAUGAAGAUGAAGUGUAUCGGAAAGGAGAACCCCCCGUGCAACCGCUGCAGGCAGUCGGGUCACCAGUGCACAUUUGACGGCCCGCGCAAGUCCAAGGCAUCCAAAGUGGAGGACCGGCUCAAGGUCGUCGAGGAGCAGAUGAGCGUCGUGCAGUCUUCCCUCUCCGAGCUCAUCUCGCUCCAACGGGCGAGUCUGCAGCACCAGCAGGAGCAUAGUGGAUCGCGCCAUGGGUCGCACGAACCGAUUUCAAGAGACCGCCGCCGCGACGACCCCUACCCCGUCCCGCAACCCAUCUUGAACGUCUACGAAGGAAGGCACUCGUCGAGCUCCUUCCAGCCGGCUGCCACAUCCUCCCAUCCUCCUCCGACGCAGGGUUACAACCCCUCGCCUCUCCGUGGAGAGUGGUCAGCUGACGGCCGCCCGUCUUCCCGCUCUGGCGUCCACCGUCCGCCCUCACAAGCCGAGGACAAUUCCGGUGUGCCUUCCGACGAGGACGAAGACGAGCCGCUCGAGCCCUCGGCUGUCAUCUUCAACAACAUGCUCUCCUUAGCUGAGGCUGCGCGUCUCAAGGCCGAUGGCCACUACGAGAAGGACAGCGACCUCACACCCGAAGAGGUCAAGCGCCAGAGCUUGGCCAAGAGCCGGACGCACCUCUUCGACUACACCGUCGAGGGGGAUGAGCGCAGUCGCAAACGCGCAAGGUUGUCUGGCGACGCUGGGUCAGCACACGCCAAGGUCAUGCACCUCCAGCGACCUGACUACAUCCAUCCGUUCCCCGACCCGGUCGAGAAGGGCAUUGUGACGGAAGACGAGGGCCGCGAGUUGUUCCAAACGUUCAUGGAAGGCGGUCUCGUCUACGUCCCUAUCCUGCAGGAGGACUAUGACACCUGGGACAGUGUCCGCCGUCGAUCGCCAUUCCUCCUCAGUGCAAUGAUUGGCAUUGGCUGCAAGAUUCGUGACUCGGGCAAGCCCCCCAGCGAUCUGCAGAAGAAGCUGAAGGGACAUGCCGAGUCGAUCGGUAUGAACACACUCUUCACGCCUGUGGCACAGAUCGAGGUGCUCCAGGGGAUGAUCUUGCUUGCAUCCUGGGGCGAUACCAGCUGGCGUCCUGGAGGUCACGCCGUCCGCAUGGGCAUGGACAUGGGACUCUAUCGCUGCCUUCCUUACCUCGCCCAGUGCGGGAUGGGCGGCGGCAAGCCUGCUUCCGAGCUUCAGGAGGAGCGCCCGCUCGUGGUUGGUGCAAGGUGCUGGCUCUCGCUGUACAAGACAGAGUUUGAAAUGGCGUUCAACCUGGGCAGACCAGCCUUGUUCGCCGCCGAAGACACAAUCAAGCACUGCCGCUGGUUCCUCGAGCACCCCCUCUCGAUCCAGUCGGAUGUGCGGCUCGUCUCCACGUGUGAACUGCUCACACUGCGAAUUCCGAUGCACCAGCCAUUCUCCAUCUGGCCAAGUGCGACACGGAUUCCCGACAUCGACGACAGAAUCCAGGAGGCCAAUGAUAGCUUUGUAACGUGGUUCAAGCAUUGGGAUGAGCAUUUCACAAAAAUCGGUGUUGAGAAAACGACCUUUAUGCGUGAAAGCCUGUUGACCCAGUACUCCCAUGCGGUGCUGCACACCAACUGUCGCAUUCUCCACGGAGUACGAUCACGCCGUGACCUGUCUCUCCUCUCGGAGCGCAGAGUCGACCAGCUGAAGCAUGCCUUGCACUGCGCGGAGACCCUUGUCAGCAUGCCUCUCCGCAGCGUCGGCUACAAGGCAAACUUCACGAAGGCCAACCACUACACCCACGUCGGUGUCGCCUUCGCGGCCCGCCUCAUGAUCCGCCUUGCGUCUCUGAUGCCUGAGGCUGUUGGCGACCUUGCCCAGAUCGCCGAUGACCUGGAGGCCGUAACCGAUCUCUUGGCUGCUGUCCCUGGCUAUCAGUUUGCUCAGCAGAUCCGCGACCUGAUCCAGCGCGCGCGACGCAAGCACAUCCUGCCCCCCGCGUCCAAGCGAUCGACAUCGCCCGCCUCGGGUUCUGCUCAACAAGGUGGGGUCGCGGCAUCAGAGGCCCUGCGGUCGCCCGGUGGUGGUCCUGGAAAAGGCCGUGUGAAGGAACUCGCGAGCAACGCUCCGUCCACCGCUGGCGACUCUGUCACGGCAUUCACUCCCCCCGAAGGGUUCCCUCUCGACUUCUUCUACGCCGAGCAGUUAUUCAGCACAGUGCCGGAUCUCGCAACUAACUUUGAAAUGCCCCAACUGACCGCCACGCCUGGCGGCGCCAUCGAGCCAGUGUACAACCUCGACUCGUGGUUCCCGUACCCGGCUCUCGACUCGGACGGUUCAAUGAACAUUGGCAUCCAGAGUGGCCAGCCGGGCACGCAGCUCAACCAGGACCUGGCAAGUGGAGGCAGGAUGAUCUGGUAAUGGCGACAUUGCCGAGAUUGGGGUGGCGGCCCCGGUGCCGACAUAUCGGACCGCGGGGCGAUAGGUUUUGUUUUCCUGUCCAUGCAUGACGUGUAUCCGCCAAGAUACUGGGCAUGGGCAUGCAUUAGUGGCUUGGUAGA